AUGCAUCUCGUACACAAUCCCCCUGUGCCUAGUGCUAUCCCAAUUCACGAGCAGCUUAGAGAUGGCUGUAAAAUUGACGUGCAUGGUCGCGUUCUACACGGACACUACAAAAAUUUCGCAGUCGAACUUCUCUCCGGACCACAUAUUGUGCUUCAUGUCAACUUCCGUUUCCACCACGAGCACGCGGUUGUGAUGAACUCAUGCAGCCAUGGAACAUGGGGACCAGAGCACAUCCCAAGCGUGAUCCCCAUUCACGAACACCUCCAUCCUGGAUGUGUCAUCGACGUCCAUGGAGUAGUCGAACAUGGGCAUCACAAAAACUUCGCCAUAGAGCUUGUCUCUGGACCACAUAUUGUCCUUCACGUACGACACAACAAUCCUCUCCACCAUGGCGAUCAUUUCCAUUUACACAUCAGUGUACACCAAAAUCACUACGAAAUCCAAGUAAAUGGCCAUCAUCUAGCUGAUUACGUCCACCGCUUCCCCAUGGAAUCUGUGCAAGGUCUUGGUCUUAAAGGAGAUGUCAAGGUUGAGAAAGUUGAUUUCUCGGGAUUCCACUUCAACAUUGACUGGAACAAUCAACACGACUUCGGACACGCUGGAUACAAUUCGUAUGGAACUGAACACUAUCAGCCACCUACGGUAUGUGCACAGAAUCUGGUUAAUAAGCUUAAUUAUCGAGAGAAAGUGUUCGAAGUUGUAGAUGUUGGUACACUAUUUAUUUUAUGA